GAGCAGGGCUGUGCUCAGGGGUGGCACUUGGGAAUGGGGCUGUCUGUCUGUCUGUCUGUCCUGGGCAGUCACAGCUGGGAGCAGGGCUGUGCUCAGGGGUGGCACUUGGGAAUGGGGCUGUCUGUCUGUCUGUCCUGGGCAGUCACAGCUGGGAGCAGGGCUGUGCUCAGGGGUGGCACUUGGGAAUGGGGCUGUCUGUCUGUCUGUCCUGGGCAGUCACAGCUGGGAGCAGGGCUGUGCUCAGGGGUGGCACUUGGGAAUGGGGGCUGUCUGUCUGUCUGUCCUGGGCAGUCACAGCUGGGAGCAGGGCUGUGCUCAGGGGUGGCACUUGGGAAUGGGGCUGUCUGUCUGUCCGUCCUGGGGAGUCGCACCUGGUGUCUGUCCAGGCCCAGUUGCCCCUAUCCCUGCUGUGUUCCCAGUGAUGGGAAGGCAGCAGGGCCGCUGUCCCUGGGGCUGGGGGAUGCAGUGGGGCCCCCCAGGCUGACCCCUCUGCGCCCCCAGAACGGGGAGCUGAAGCUGGCGGAUUUCGGGCUGGCUCGGGCCUUCGGCAUCCCUGUGCGCUGCUACUCGGCCGAGGUGGUCACUCUGUGGUACCGGCCCCCAGAUGUUCUCUUUGGGGCCAAGCUCUACUCCACCUCCAUCGACAUGUGGUCAGCUGGGUGCAUCUUCGCGGAGCUGGCCAACGCGGGGCGGCCCCUGUUCCCGGGCAAUGACGUGGACGACCAGCUGAAGAGGAUCUUCCGGCUGCUGGGGACCCCCACGGAGGAGCAGUGGCCUGCCAUGGCCAAGCUGCCAGACUACAAGCCCUACCCCAUGUACCCAGCUACCACUUCCCUCGUCAACGUGGUGCCCAAGCUGAACGCAACUGGCCGGGACCUGCUGCAGAACCUGCUCAAGUGCAAUCCGGUGCAGCGGAUCUCAGCGGAGGAGGCCCUGCAGCACCCCUACUUCACCGACUUCUGCCCCCCCUAGGGCCCCCGAGUCCCCAGACCCCCUGAGGGGGGCAGCCCCUGCCCCCACAGCCGGGUGCCAGCCCAUGCCAGCCCCCCUGACUGCAGCCCCCCCAGUAUUUAUUAGGUUCUGUCCCGGCUGUGGGGGGCUGGCACAACCCCCCGGGCCCCCCAGCCCCGGGGGGGGGAUGAGAGGGCUGGGACUCCCCCCAGAGACACAGGACUCACCGGGGGCAGGGGACUUCCCAAGGGCAUGGGAACCGCCAGACACGGGGCCACAGGGUUGGUGGAGGGGCAGGACCCUCUGGGACCAGGCGCAGGGACCCCGGGGGGAAUGCGCCCCCCAUCUCCUCUCCCUACUCCCCCUGAGCCCCCCUCUGCUGGGGGGUCCCAGGGGUGUGCCCCCCACCAGGGCCUGCUGUACGUGGGUGAUGUGCGUUCGGUGUCCCAUAAAGAGCUUCCCCCC